CUUCGGUUUAAAUCUUUCUUGGUAAAAGACUAUCCGUGUUCUCAAGUCGUGUUUUAUAUUAAAAUUAAAAAUUAACAAAAAUGAAAGUAUUUCUUGCAAUUUUAGCCUUAGUGGCCUGUGUUUCCGCCGAAGAGUGGACUGUUAAAACUGGCGAACAAAUCAAAGAGAUUGGCGUUGAAUGCUUAAAAGAACAUCCUCUCUCUACUGAACAAAUCGAAAAAAUGAGAAAUUUCGUAUACCCUGAUGAGGAAGCCGUGCGCCAAUAUCUCCUCUGUUCAGCUGUAAAAUCAGGUGUCUUCUGUACUCACCAGGGCUAUCAUGCUGAUCGUAUUGCUAAACAAUUCAAGAUGGAUCUGGAUGAAGAAGAGGUCAAGAAAACUGCUGAAGACUGCAUUGCUAAGUUCCCCAAAGGCGAUAAGGGAGUCGAUGUAGUGGUCUUUGGAACCCAUAACUGCUUUAUGAACAGCACCACUGGCGAAAAAUUAAAGGAAUUGAUAAAGAAACAUCAUAAAACUGCCCAUAAACAUUAAUAAAAUGUUUUAUUUGUGGAGAAAAUUAAUUACCAAAUAAAUAAAUUGUUAGUUAUAAUCGAAAA